AUGACGCCCGAUGGAACCCAUAGCUUAAGCUCUACCACGACCUUCAACGAUGCCUCCAAAGUCAAAAGGGCUGCAGGGGCCGUUAAACCCAAGAGCUCACCCCGCAAAGCCGCGAAACGAAAGGCCCCCAGCUCGGACGACGACUCGGGAUCCGACUUUGAAGUUGCCACACCUUCGAAGCGAAUCAGAGCAUCCCGAAGCCUUGCCGUCAGUCCCGAAAAAGCACCAAAGCCGUCGAAGGAUGCCGAAGUCGAAGCUUUACCAGCUCCCAAAGUGGACUGGAGCGCCGAAAGACCAGAAUACUUGCCAGCUUCUUUGACCUUUUCGUAUGAAGAGGCUGAGAGGCAUCUCAUUUCUGUAGAUCACAGGUGGGCUGGCAUCUUUGAACGCCUCAAAUGCCGGCCUUUUGUCCAACUCGAGCGUGUGGAUCCCUUUAGAACAUUGGCAACAUCAAUUAUAGGUCAGCAAAUCUCAUGGAAAGCAGCAAGAUCUGUGAAUUGGAAGUUUAUGCGACUUUACGAUGACACACUUCCGGAGACCGUGCCGCCACCAGAAGAGUAUACAGCACCUGAAAGGUUUCCACCACCACAUGUUGUCGCCGAGACGUCUCUCGCGACUCUCCGCAGUGCGGGACUUAGCGCAAGGAAGGCAGAGUACAUCCAGGAUCUGGCUCAGCAUUUCUCAGACGGUCGAUUGAGUGCAGAAAAGCUUAUCACUGCCUCCGAUGAGGAAUUGCGCGAGGCUCUCAUUGCAGUCCGUGGAAUCGGUCCAUGGACUAUUGACAUGUUUGCAAUCUUUAGUUUACGCCGUCCCAACAUCCUGCCUACAGGAGACCUUGGCGUCCAAAGGGGUUUACUGCGAUGGGUUCUCUCUCAGCAUACGAAUCCCGGGAGCCCGGUCAAGCUCAGUCGUGACAAGCUGCCAGAGGAUGGCGCACCUGGAACAAAAAGACAGGAGACUCCGGAGAUUAUGGAUGCCUCUAAAGAGCAGGACAAGGCGAUCGGCUCCAUGGGCCCCCCUCAGACACCAAUCAAGAAGCAAGGAGCAAAUGGCCAAAGCUCGGAAUCCAUGAUACCUGAACCAAUGACUCCUUCGAUCAAUCGCGUCCUCGCUGAACCGACACAGCCGACGCCGCUUCCUCCGGGGCUCACAGUUGCGGCGCUGAAGGCACGGCUCAACGGGAGGAACAAGGGGAAGCCACCCUGA